UGCACUGCGCGUCGCCAUCAUGGAUACCCUGCGGGACUGGUCCGAGUCCCAGCCGGGUUUGGCCCGGGUGCUGUGGGUGGAGGCGCUGGUGGCGGCCACUCUGCUGGUCUGGCUGCUCUUCUUCUGCUGCUACCGCCGUCAUGGCAACGCCGGCACCGGCUCCACCCCCAGCCUGGAGAGCUAUCUGGCAGCUCUUGUACCAGAUGCAAAGGUGAAGCCACAUAAGCAGAAGAAGAAGAAGAGGAUGAAGAGGAAGAGUGGUGAAGUGAAGGAGGAAGAAGUGAUGGAGGUGGAGGAGGAGGAGGAGGAAGGAGAGAUCCUAGCAACACCUCCUCCUGCUCCUGAGGAGAAGAGGAAACCUCCCUCGGCGCUGAGGAAGAGGAGGAGGCGCCACCUCAGGGUGGUCAUCGCUCCCGAGGCUGUGGAGGCACAUGACAGGAAACAGGCCAUGAUGGAGGUCACCCCUCAGGUCACCCCUACGCAGGGCGGCAGGCGUCUGGCUCGUCUGGAGCGCUCCGCGUCGGAGGAGAGCCACACACACACACACACAGACCUCCUCUAA